AUGUCAGGCGGGUCCACGCACUGGCAUGUCGAUUCCCUUGGCACUCUGCAACGGCUCCCUCUGGAACUCGUGGAGACUAUCUUGCUGUCUUCCGAUGCUGUGACUAUCGUUCGCGCGCAGGCGGUUUCCCGUGCACUCAAAGAUAUUAUCAGGGCAUCGCCCGCUCUGCAGUACAGAAUUGAGUGCUUUCUAGCAGACGUCUCCGAUACCUCUUCGGGUCGUUCCAUAGAUCUGUUAGACCGCCAGCAGAGCGUACGACGAUGGCGAAAAUCCUGGAGCAGACUUCAUUGGUCUGAGAAAAUUGUCAUACCAUUCAGAACACGCCAGAUGGUGGACUCAGCAUUAUGUGUACACUAUACGGUGCUCGGUGAUGCUUGUCUCGGCGAGCCAGGUGCCUUUCAGUUCAUCCGCCAAUGCUCAGAGCUGCGGCGUGUACAAGCUGAGCGCUGGAUGGUCCGCGGCCUCCCCGAGCUGGUUAAACCGGAAGCAUGGACAUUUGACGUCACACAAGACGUACUUGCUAUUCUCCAAAUCCGUGAUGGCACGCCCACUGUGGAUCUAUGCUUCUUCUCAUGUAGAACCGGGAUGCCAUAUCAGGGCGAAGGCCCGUCCACGCUGUCUCUGACAGCACAUAAUUUCAUCUUCGAGGCACAGCUCGAAGAUUGGGAUUUCAACGUACGUCUCUACGGCGAAGUGAUGAGUCUUCUGAUCUUGCACAGAGUGCAAGAUGAGGAAGCGCAUCGCGAACUUUUCGUUUUUAAUUGGAAAACGCAGGAGACCUUAUUAGAAGUGUAUUCGCAACCAGAGCACCGGGUCAUAUUGCAUGACCUCGGCUUCUUGGAUGAAGAACAUAUCUUAUGCGGAGCCGCUGGAACAGACGCACCUUGCAUCGCAGUCAUAAAUCACACCACCGCGCCAAGGUCCCGAACAAGUUUCCAGGAUUUCAUGUAUCAGAACGCCAAACUGGUCCUCGCACUUCCCUCUCUGGCCUCCGACACCAUCUUUGACUUCCUCAAUAUCUGCUCCAGCCCUCGCUUUUCAUUUACAGCAGACGCCGGCAUCUUUCGACCUACGAGGACGGAUCCUAUCAUUCUGAUAGAUAUGGGCGUAUACCAUGACGAAGACUUUCGUAUCUUCAACCUGAUCAUACCAUCGCAUGUACUCAGGUCUCGACUCGAAGACCCGGCUCUCCGGACAGGACAAUCAACUUCAGUGUCUUGGGACAGCUGGGGCCGCGAGUCGAGACUCUUUGAGCUGCCCAUCGACCGGUUUGGCCAGAUAUCAGGAUCGCUUUACGUUGUUGGUUCACGAGUCCGUGUGAGCCAGAGAGAACACCAGCGUCUUGUCCUCUACGACUUUGCCUCCACAACAGCAUUGCGACACAGCGCCACGGUGGAAGGGGCCGAAGUGGUGUGGGAGCCCUCGAGCAACGUUGGACCGUGGGCGCAGGUCACCACAACUGCCGCGCCAUAUCGGGCGACUAUAUCAGAUAUCCCUAUCACUCGUAACGACCAGGUCAUACUCAUGCAGGACGGCAUCAUCGUUAUCCCAUUUUCAGAGCACGGUUUCCCCGCGAAGUGA